AGGAUAUACUAAACGGUAUCUUUCCCCUCUUAAUAUUAUUUCAUUUCUUUUUGUUGGAUAAUUAUUUCAGUUUUACAUAAUACUGUAUAAUGAUUGCAAAUUCAUUUUUAUUGCAAUCAACUCAUUAAAUAAUUAUGUCAUUUUUUAGGGGGAAUUAUGCUGAAAAUUAAUUGAAAUAGUUUGGUUUGCAUCAAAACACCACACAAACGCAGGCGGCUGUUGAAUAAAGAGCAGCUUUUUUGGCUUUUGUUGCCACUCACUCAAUUCGUCGUCUCAAAUUUCACCAAAAUCUCUUCAUUCUUCAUUUAAAAUGCCCAUUUCCUCCCCGAAUUCAGCCGUCAAAAUUCGCCUCCCACGCCCACUGCUGCCAUCUUCUUUGCGGAGAAAUUCUCCUUCAAUUCUCCAUCGAAACCUCGUCCUGCCCAACCUAUCCAUCCACCCAUUUUCCCGCCUCCGCUGCACCCAAACGCUCUCCUCCGCCACGGCCCAGAAUUGCAGCGUGGAAUUCGAGUCCAUGGAUUUGGAGAAAUACGCGCGGGAGCUGGAGGUCGCCGUGAAGGCAGUGCACAUGGCGUCUUUGCUCUGCCGCAGAGUUCAAGACAGCUUGAUUUUUAAGAGCAAUGUGCACGUUCAGUCCAAAGACGACGAUUCUCCGGUCACCGUCGCCGAUUGGAGUGUCCAAGCAACUGUUAGCUGGGUAUUGUCUGAGGCAUUUGGGAGUGAAAAUGUAUCCAUUGUAGCUGAAGAAGACGUUGAAACACUGUCGAGGAGUGAUUCUGUUGGCUUACUAGAUGCCGUUGCAAAGACUGUUAACGAGAGCCUAGAUGAAGCACAGAGUUUUGGGAUUCGACCACCAGCUGCUCCUCUAAAUACGUCCGAGGUUCUCGAGGCCAUCAGUAGGUGCAACUCGACUGGCGGACCCACCGGGAGAUUCUGGGUUCUGGACCCUGUUGAUGGUACAUUAGGUUUUGUACGUGGCGAUCAAUAUGCAAUCGCUCUUGCUCUGAUAGAAGAUGGUGAACCUGUGCUUGGGGUUCUCGGAUGCCCAAACUACCCAAUGAAGAAAGAAUGGCUAAGUUACCAAAAUGGCUAUCAAAGAAUUGUAUCUAAAUUAAUGUCGGCAUCAUCAGCAUCGUGGGAUAGAGGCUGUGUGAUUUAUGCAAAGAAAGGAAGUGGUGGAGGGGCCUGGAUGCAGCCUUUGUUACUUGAGAAAGAGAAGAAGUUUGUUUGGCCAAACUCCGCUAGACAGAUCAAAGUCUCAACCAUCGACAACCCAGCAUUGGCAACAUUCUGUGAGCCCGUUGAGAAAGCGAAUUCAAGUCAUUCCUUCACUGCAGGACUAGCUCAUAGUGUUGGGCUCAGGAACGAGCCACUACGUGUGUAUUCUAUGGUCAAGUACGCAGCCAUAGCGCGGGGACACGCUGAAAUAUUCAUGAAGUUUGCUCGAGCGGGGUACAAGGAGAAGAUAUGGGACCAUGCAGCCGGCGUGGUCAUCAUUCACGAAGCCGGCGGUGUCGUGACUGACGCAGGAGGCCAUCCACUUUGCUUCUCGAGAGGUAUGUACUUGGAAGGUCUUGAUCGUGGUAUAAUUGCUUCUUCUGGAGCUACAUUACAUGAGAAGAUUAUCAGGGCUGUUGAUGCUAGCUGGAAUUCUUCUAGCCUUUAAUUUUACAGUACAUAUUAUAAUUCAAACUUUGACACACUAUACAUACAGACCUAAUAUAUAAAUAUCAUCAAAUGUUGUGAUCC